AUGUUUGCUCUUCGUCGACUCUCCUGCAGAGCUCCUAGGGCCUUGACAGCCGUCCCAGUGAGGUACAAUGCCGACCUAACUGUUGCCACCGACUCUCCCGUUGCCCAACCGCCUCCACCACCACCACCUCCCGCUGCAGUAGCCUCUGAAUUUGCUGAGGACCUUGGGGAAAACACAGGCACUCGAGGACGAAGGCGCCGCAAACGCAUCCCAACGAAACGACCAGCCAUAUCCACCGAAUCACCCAGAAAAUGGAACCGUCCCCUUGCAGAGGGUGUACUACCCGCAUACGACAUGGCACUCAAAGUGAUUAAAACGGACAGCUUUAGGCUGAAGGAGGAGGCCAAGGAGCUGAGGACUCGAAUUGGGCUCGCUGAGAAUACUUUCCAAGAGCUCAGUGCAAAAGCGAAAGAGCUAUCGGAAGACUCUCAAGAGAGACAGACCUUGACCGAGGAGGUCAAUUUAUUGGAUGAGCAGUUGGAGGCGAUGAGGGUCAAGUUGAACAUUCUCGAGGUGCAGAGUGAGAUUAACCUCCCGGAUGUUAGACAUCUCGUUGAACAAAAAUGGAGGAAAGAUGGCGCGUUGGACCUGCUGAUGGAACGUAUCUACCAAAUGGGGGUCGUUCCCGACGUCCUACCAGAGAUUCGCCCUUCCUUGGAUCUGCGCGUUGUCGCAAAGACCCGCGCUGCCGAGUUUCUCAACGCGGGAAAGGUGCAAAAGGAGGUUGAGCCUGGAGUUUAUCUCCUGCCCAAACAGACCCUCGAACCGCCAAAGCUUUACGUGAAUGUCUUCCACGAGGAUACGAGGCUCUACACCAUGCUUCUUGUUGAUCCUGACGUCCCGGACGUGCACAACGAGUCAUUCACAACCUUCCUUCAUUGGAUGAAGCCAAACAUUCCCCUUUCAUGCGAACACACCCAACGCAUCCUCGACCUAAACACACACACAAAAUACAUCCCACCUCACCCCCAACAAGGGACCCCCUAUCACCGCUACGUCCUUCUUCUUCUCCCACAACCCCCUCUGGGAGGAGCAGCAGAGUACACCAUGAAUACCAUAGCACGCGCCCAGCCUGGCGUGCCCACCUCCGAACAUCUGGACAUCCCUAUUAUCCCCGAGGAGGAACGCCUCGGAUUCAACGUUAGGGAAUUCACAAGACACUGGGGUCUCGAUGCAAGGAAGGGAGGCGGCGCACAUAUGUGGCGAGAGAUUUGGAACGAGGACGUUUCGACGAUUUAUAAGGAUAUCUUACAGAGGGAGGAACCGAGGUAUGGACGACCUCCCAAGGUCGAUCCCUACGCGGAUGUCAAGAGGUCGAGAAAGUAUAUUUCUUAGAUUGCUAUACACGCUUUUUACGCAUGCAUGCAAUUCAA